CUAAGUUUUCUCAUCCUCCGUUGGCGUAUGUGUGAGAGCUGAAGAUUUACGAAGUUAACUUUUUGGUUAAUUAACUUUGGGUAUUAUGUUCAUUUGUCUGAUAAAUCAAUUCCUGCAUCGGCUCCAUCGCAAAUGAACUAGCAAUUGGCUUUCCGAAGUAAAAGCACUCUGCUCUCCAGCUCUCUUUCUCUCAUCAUCGCCGCUGAGCGGAGAUUUCGGAGCCAUCGGACGGCAGAUAAUGGAGAACACCGACGUGUUCUUAGGACUGCAGGACUUUCUGGAACGCAUGCGUCAACCGUCGGCCGCCAAUUUCGUCAAGUCUAUAAAAAGCUUCAUAGUGUCGUUUUCGAACAAUGCUCCUGAUCCGGAGAGGGACAGCGCCGCAGUGCAGGACUUCUUUGCCCGGAUGGAAAUUGAUUUCAGGGCUCAUCCACUUUGGGCUGGCUGUUCAGAGGAGGAGCUCGACAGCGCCGGCGAAGGGCUGGAGAAGUAUGUUAUGACGAAGUUAUUUCCUCGCGUAUUUCCUUCACUUCCGGAUGAUGUGAAACUCGAUGAGCAACUGUAUGAGAAGAUGACUUUAGUACAACAGUUUAUUCGGCCGGAAAAUUUGGACAUUAAGCCCACCUUUCAAAAUGAAACUUCAUGGCUGCUUGCACAAAAAGAACUGCAAAAGAUCAAUAUGUACAAGGCACCGAGGGAUAAGCUUGUGUGCAUCCUUAAUUGUUGCAAGGUUAUUAAUAACUUGCUCAUUAAAGCUUCUGUUGCUUCCAAUGAGAAUCCCCCUGGAGCUGAUGAAUUUCUUCCUGUCCUAAUUUAUGUUACGUUAAAGGCAAACCCUCCACAACUGCACUUAAAUUUAUUGUAUAUACAAAGGUACAGGCGACAAUCUCGAUUAUUUGGUGAAGCAUCCUAUUUUUUCACAAACAUGCUCUCCGUUGAAUCCUUCAUCUCAAAUAUUGAUGCAAACGCCAUUUCAAUGGAUGAAUCUGAGUAUGACAAGAACAUGGAAACUGCUCGAGCACUUCUUUCUGGACUUUCAGCUGAUCUGGACGGUCAGUAUUCUCAAAAAGGUCAAUUUGCAGGAUAUGGACAUAGAUCAGAAUCUAUGGAAACCAGACAUCAACAUCCGAAUGCCAACAUGGACCCAGUGGCACAAUCCAGAUCUUCUGAAACAAACUCCCGAGGGAAGAAGAUACCCAAUGAAAAAGAUAACUCACCCUUUUCAAAAAUUCCAUCCCUUUCGGAUUUGGAGAAUAAGGGUGCAACGAUCCUCGUAACCAAUGAUCAGGCGAACCAGGUUUUCCGGGAGUAUCCAUACUUGUUUGCGAAUGCCGGUGACCUAACCAUCAAUGAUGUAGAAGACCUUCUUAAUAAUUACAAGCAACUUGCAUUCAAAUAUGUUUGUCUUUCUAAAGGGCUAGGCGUUACUGCUCCAUCUCUUCCUUCUGACAAUUCGCAUACAGAGUUCCACCAGCAUACUGAAACAGCAAAGCAACAGGAACUCUCUAGAGCUAUAGAGCCGAAUGAUGAGACAUCAAAUGACACUGAUACGACGGAUGAUGCUUUACAGAAAGAGCCCCUUACUGAUGAUCAAAAUUUGGAAUCCAGAUUGUCACAGGAUCAAGAAGUUUCACCACAGAGUGGUACACAUGAGGAGUACUCUCAAUAGCAGCUCUACCAGGACAUGUAUUUUGCAGGAGUAUGUUUUCCAGUGCAAUCACCACCAUCAGGGCUCCAUUUCUCCACUUUGCUGGUGCAGAUGGAAUAUCGUCGUGGUUGGAAACGAGCGCUGUCAUUUGUCCAUUCUCACCUCGUACUGGUCAAGAUUUUAGGUAGAAGUGAGGAGCUUGGACUUUGAGUUUGGGAAUGCGUCAAAUUGCAUUUGUAUGAAGAUGGAAAAUAUAUACAACUCUCAGGAAUCGGGGUGCAACAGUGUAUGCCUGCGGGCACUCGUAGUCUUACGCAUGUAGCAGUACAAUGAUCCUGAGCCACGCUGCCAUGCUGGAGACAAUCAAAUGAGAUUUUCACCGUAGUUGCACCUUGCUAUCCGUCAUUAACGAGCAGAAAUGUAUGUUCUAACUUUGAAAUAUUUUAUGCAAUUUACUAUUAUCCACGGUUAAAUAGGCUGCUGUAGGAGUUUAGUGUAUGAUGGAGUAGUAUCUGACUGUGGCUUGAUAUUGUAGUUUGUCCACAACGGAAAAAAAUAAUUUUGAGUUAAACUUUCUAAUUUUCAA